AUGCGGAUGUUCCCGGAUGCGGAUGUUCCCGUAAGCGGAUGUUCCCAGAUGCGGAUGUUCCCGGAUGCGGAUGUUCCCGGAUGCGGAUGUUCCCGUAAGCGGAUGUUCCCAGACGCGGAUGUUCCCAGAUGCGGAUGUUCCCGUAAGCGGAUGUUCCCAGAUACGAAUGUUCCCGGAUGCGGAUGUUCCCGGAUGCGGAUGUUCCCGGAUGCGGAUGUUCCCAGAUGCGGAUGUUCCCGGAUGCGAAUGUUCCCGGAUGUUGAUGUUCCGGAUGCGGAAUUUCCGAAAGCGGAGUUCCCGGAUGCGGAUGUUCCGGAUGCGGAAUGUUCCCGGAUGCGGAUGUUUCCCGUAAGGGGGAUUUCCCGUAAAUGCGGAUGUUCCCGGACGAAUUUUUCCCGGAUGCGGAUGUUCCCGGAUGCGGAUGUUCCCCAUAAGCGGAUGUUCCCGGAUGUGGAUGUUCCCAGAUACGAAUCUUCCCGGAUGCGGAUGUUCCCGGAUGCGGAUGUUCCCAGAUACGAAUCUUCCCGGAUGCGGAUGUUCCCGGAUGCGGAUGUUCCCAGAUACGAAUCUUCCCGGAUGCGGAUGUUCCCGGAUGCGGAUGUUCCCAGAUACGAAUGUUCCCGGAUGCGGAUGUUCCCGGAUGCGGAUGUUCCCGGAUGCGGAUGUUCCCGGAUGCGGAUGUUCCCGGAUGCAACGCCUCCAUUUGCGUUAAACCAAAAAUGA